CAAACUUAAUAACCCGGGAUAAUUCAGCAUUCACUUACGGUAUGCUACUCAAGAGCCUUCUCGGUGCUCUAAAUUCGACGGCCGUAAUAUCGUAAAAGUGAUCAAGCCGCAGGGCUGCAAUUUACCGCUUGACUCAUUAACAUUUACUACUUUGACGGGUGAUAGUUAAUUAGCGUUGCUAGCUCGGACACGAGGAAGACGAAUGGAGGCAAGGCGGCCCCUUGGAGCUGAAAAGAGGCAUCCUCUUGGCAGCGAGCUGAGGGUCUCCCACAAGUUCAUCCAGGGCGACUUUCUCAUCUUUCUUGUAACUAAGUAAAAUCAGCGCGAGAUUCAUCAACUUUCAGUUCAUUAGGUACUCAUACCCGAAAAAAGGGGAAAGAAAGAAAAGCUGUGAAUCAUGAGGCACGCCUUGCCGUCAUUCUCAAUCCAGCUGGGACUAUUUCUCAAUGUUUUAGCUUCCAAGCUCAUUUUUCAGCCCUUCCCUACGCAGGCUCAAGACGGCGCGUUUGCAACCCUACAGCCUAUAUCUACCGCGGCCCCAGAGUACUACGCGUCAAUUGAACUACUAGGGCGCGACGAAUACCACCUGGGUCAUGAUACAUGCGGGUUUGGCUCUUUGGACACUGGACUUACUUAUACUUGUUACUCAAGUAUUGGAACAUGCGAAAACAUUGGCAACUUCAGGGGAUGCUGUACGGGGGAGCUGAAGGCGUGUUCGUCGAGCUUCUGGACAAAGUGCGAUGAUUAUAACCCGACGAGCUACUGCGAUAUAUAUUCAAAGACGCGUUGCUGCCAGUCCGCACUACCAUACUGCAUAACCUGGUUAUUCUCUACGAGUAGUUCAACCUUCACAGCAUGGGACUGUGAUACGCAAAGUAACACCCGGGUUCUUGAGCUCCUGGCUACCCCCUUAAGUCUCAUUAGUAGCACAGCAUCGCGAACCGUGACGGAUCUAUCUACUACGACCUCCAUAAUGUCUUCUACUAUUUCUUCAGCGAACGAGUCCACUGAUUCGCCUUCUACAGCCACAGGCGGGUCUAUCGUUUCAUCCUCAACGCCGAUAGACGCCACUUCUGUAUCCUCCAGUAAAAGUUCCGAGACUCCCAUUGGAGCUAUUGUCGGCGGCGUCGUAGGUGGCAUCGCUAUAAUUUGCUUGACGAUCCUAGGCGUCUUCCUUACUAAAAAGUACCAAAAGGUUGCCCGCAGAGCAGCAUCGCCGCCACCUACGCCUUCCGGACGCCAGGAACUUUCCGGCUUUGGAAUUUCUCCCGCCUAUUUGAGUCCUUCCCAGGGUAAUCACGCCCCUGGCUUACCGUAUGGCACUUUAGAGCAGCUUAAGAAUCAAGGUUCGGUGGCGCAUACAACAACCACUCUUGUUGCUGAAGCACCAAACACUCCCGCAACUGGAACCGGCCACAAUCGAGCUGAACUGGGAUAACGUUACAAGAGUUGCAAUCGUAAGAUUUAUAUUUUACACGGACAUGGUUUCGUAUAUAGAAAAACAUUGUAUGAAAUGUGGUGGUAUAUGAUCCAUCCCCAGGCGAGGAUGUAGAAGCAGAAAUCUGCAUACUAAGUGAUGGUACGGCCCCUUGAGCCAGCUUGAUAGUUGAGAGACAGUGUUUUGUCCUUUUUGUGCAUACUUACCUAGGUACCUACCUACCCUAGGUAGGUAUUAUGAUGGAAGAGUUUGAGUGGAAUUCUCAAGGUCCAAGACCCUAUAUUCAGUUGAUAUAUUAGAUUUAGGUAGAGGUACCUAACCUUAGAUAAUAGGUACCUACACGAAUUUAACUUGUUUCAUCUCAGGGCAAAAA